UUGUGAUUUCAAUAGACUUCAUAAUGAUCCUUCGUACGCGCAAGCCUUGUAUGGUGAUUACUUUAACCAUUUAAUUUCUGAAUACUUCAGACCAAAUUUUCCGCCAAUCAUAAACGUGGAGGAAUAUGUCAACGAAAAUGAAAAAAAUAAGAAAAUCAAAGACAUGAGUAUUAUGAACAAAAGGAAUGGUUUUAUGGUAUACCGAAAAACACUCAAUAAACAUCUGGAAAUAUUAGGGGUACGUAUUACCAUGCAGCAACUGUCUCCUCUGGCUGGAUCAUUAUGGGGUAGUGAACCAGAACAAGUAAAAGAUUACUAUAAAGAAGUUUCAGAAAAGAUAAAAAAAUUACAUAAUAAUCGAGUAGAGAAUUAUAUAAAAAAUAAUUGUAAACGUUCAUCAGAGGAUAAUUAUGAUUAUGAAAAUAUGAGCAGUAAAAAAAUUAAGGAGCUGAUUACAAAAAAUGGAGGAAAUGCCUUUAUUAUUUUUAGAAAACAACUUAAUGAAGAAUUAAGAUCAUUAGGAUACAACUAUAGUAUGCAGGAACACUCAAAGAUUGCUAGUUAUCUUUGGAGUAUACAACCAAAAGAAGUGAAAAGUUGUUUUAAAGAAAUUUCGGGUCAAUUUAAGA